CUUUGACUCUGUGUUAAUAGCAUCUUGGAGUCUGCCUAUUCUCUCUGAUCAAAUGAAUACCCCACAUUGAUCGUUUUCUCGUGGAGUUAAACCACAGCCAGAAGCAACCUCUCUAUUUCCCUUUCCUUCCCCUCCCCCAAUUAAUAAUAAACACUCACACAACACCAUUCUUCUUCUUCUUCUUCUUCUUCUUCUUUCUCUCCCUCUCUCUUCAAAAACCCUAACCCUUUACAGACAUUUCAGGUGCAGGAGUGAAGCUUCCACUUUACGACUCCACCGAUUUCGUCGCUUCUUAAACGCUACUUUCCCGAUUGCUCUUUUCUUUUUCCUUUUUUCCCCCCUUUCAAUGGGUCAGGUUUCUUAAGAUUGUCAUCAAGGAUUCAGCUGCAGCUGCAGCAGCAGGAGCAGAUCAUCAGCUUUUCUUUUUCUUUUUUUUUUUCUGCAAACGUGAUUCUGAUUCAUUUGAGGGUGAUCGUACGUCUUUGGCCCAAUAAUGGAUUCUGGGAGUAGUGGAAGUAUACAAAGCUCGAGCGGUGGUGAAGAUGAGUACGAUUCACGCGCAGAGGGGUUCUCUGGUUUUUUAAACAAACCUCCAGGGCAUGUCGGUCCUAAGGCUAAUCCAUCCCCACCACUGACGGCGCACCACCCUCAUUCUUCUACCUCCUCCGCCCUCUUCGACCCUUUCUCCAACUUCCUCGAUCCAUUAUCCACUCGAUCACACCAAAAUUCCAUUCCUAAUCUCGAUUUCCUCUGGCCCAGAAACAACCCGAGAUCCGACCCCAACCCGAUCCACUUUCCGGGCUCCAUUUCCAUGCCUCCUUCCUCAACACCCAAUUCUUAUAUGGCGGCGACGAAUAGUCAAGUCCCUCAUCAGACCACGGAACCCAAUGUAGUCCACCAAGCACCACGAGGUUUAACGCUCACCACAGAUCGAAGCGACGUCGUUCCUAACAAUAGUAACACUGCUACUGGGACUACUACUGGCACCAGCAACCCCUCCGUUCGUAACCCGAGGAAACGAACCCGAGCCUCGAGGCGAGCCCCAACUACAGUUCUCACUACCGAUACUUCCAAUUUCCGAGCCAUGGUUCAGGAAUUUACUGGGAUUCCUGCCCCUCCCUUCACACCGGCUUCCUCCUUCCCCAGAGCCCGACUCGACCUUUUUGGCGGCGGUACGGCCUCCACUUCUUCCCCACCCUACUUACUCCGUCCAUUUCCCCAAAAGUUAUCCACAACUAAUUCCCUUCUCUCUCCAUCCUCCGAUUUUCUCCUACCCAAACAGAAUCAUUAUCUUCCUCCCAUGUCCUCUAUUUUUAAUCUUCAGCCUUCUCCCCCUCAGCCGCUUCACCAACCAAAUAUUAACCUCCUUGGCUCCGACCAAACCCAAACCGACACACAUCGUAAUCACCAUCUUCAUCAAACACCUCUCCCGGAAGAGUUGCUUUCAGAAAGUGGAAAUAUUCUUCCGGCCAACUGGGGAAGUAGCGGAGGCGGCGCAGGAGGAGGAGGAGUAGCGUCGGACCAAGCUUUAUUUAGGUCCAUGAAUAGCAAAUACUGUACGGGUACUAAAGUUAACAACAACUAUUCGGCUUCUUCUUCAUCCCUGGAUUUUCAUGGAGAUAAAGGGUCAGAGAAUGUGACAACUAGAAGUGAAGUCGGGAUUGGAAACCAGACGUGGAUGUGGUGCCCCAAAUUUCGUUGAUGCCUCUAGUUUUAGGACAAAAAGUACAGCUUUAUAGCUGUCUAACCUUUUCUGGCAACCACACAUACAAAUUACAAAUAUCAUAAAAUUCCAUUUCUUCACUCUAUAAACUUUUUUUUAGUAAUCUCACACGUUAAGUAAUUGUUUAAAUAUGAAAACAUGUAAUUUAUAGUAUUUAUGCAUGCAAUUAUUAAAACGAAAAAAAAAAUGAUGAAGAAUAAGAAAGUGGCAUCGGGAUCAAGGACAUGGAAUUUCGUGAAGCAGAAGCUCCAAUUUCGAAGUUGGUGUUUGUUACUUUGUUCAUUGGAAAUGGUUUUUCUUUUUGAAAAAUUUUAUUUGAUUGGACUAUCAUUGUCGUUCUUCCUCGUUUAAUGCAAAUCUUAAAACUCGACUGUACCCAACAUAAUUUGUUCAAAUUUUCACUAAUUACCACCUUUAA